AUGAGUUCACUUCCAAAAUUAAAAUGCUAUUUCGACGUGGUUUGUCCCAAUUCCUGGAUGACACUUCAGGUAAGUUCUACAAAUAUUUUUGGCGCGAAAACCUGAAUCACCCCAUUAAUUUUGAGUGCAAAAAAUCUCCCAAAAAAUUUUUUUAUCACCAAAAAAAUUGAUAAUUUUUACAGAUUCUAUCGGAAAAUUCGUCGCUUUUCGAAACUAUUGAAUAUUCGCCAGUUUGUGAUUUUAAAAUCGGAAUUUUGCACAACGGACAGAUUUGGAAUCAGCGCAGAAAACAGCACACUUCAAGGAUUUGGAAACCGAAAAAACAACAAGAAGGUGGGGCGUUUUCUGCAUUCUAAACGAUGUUCCGCGUUUACACUGCUCAAAUCGCAUAAUUUUUAGUGGUGUAAACACGGAGUAUCGUUUAAAAAUCGAAAAAACCUUCAAUUUUGAGCUCUAAGGAUGGAUCAUCGUAGUUUUUUGCAUUUCAAACAAUACUCCGUGUUCUCAGUGAUUUCUAACUCAAAUUUCAUGAUUUUUAGUGGUGUAAACGCGGAGUAUCGUUUGAAAAUCGAAAAACCUUCAAUUUUCGAGCUGUAAACGCGGAGCUUCGUAGUAAACGAUACUCCGCCUUUAAGAACUCUCAUUUUUCUGAAAAAUGUUACGAAAAUCAAACAUUUUUAUACGUGAACCUUGGAAAUUUCGAAUUCCCUACCAAAAAAUUUUUUUUCUCAUUUUCAGAGGAAAUUGAACCAGAACCCGAAGGAAUUCUGCGUCGAAUCGAUGAACGUGGCAAACAACUGCUAAAUUUCAAAACCAUCGAAGCGCCCAAAAACUGGUCAAAAACCUAUAAAAAUGCCAUCAAAAAAGGAUCAAUAAUCCCACAAUUAUAUCUAACAUCAAUCAAAGAAAGAUGUCCUGAUUUAUACGAAGAAGCGAUUCAACAUUUGGGAAAAAGACUAUGGGAUGAGGAAAAACCAGUGCAUUAUGGUUGUCAUAUGUCAACUGUUUCGAGAGAAUUAGGAAUUCCAUUUCGGAUAGCUGAAGAUAUUGUCGCACGGUUAUCAACUCCUGAAAAUCGCCAUAUUUUGAAUCGAAAUUGCAAAGAAGCACUGGAUUUGAAAUUGACCGAAGCACCUGGUGUUAUCAUUUUUGCUUCUGCUGAUAAUAUUGGAGAGAAAGAGCAAAAAAGUGUGAAAUUUGAUAAUGUUCUUGAUUUAUUGAGCAGUGAUUAUGUCAGCAAAUCGAAUAAUGACGCACAAAUUAGCAGUAUUUAUUGA